AUGGAGCCCACCUCCCGUCAUCGUGAGUGCGCUGAUGUGCUUGGGUUGGUCAAAAUCACCAUUGGAAAACCUCCAGUGACUCCAUGCUGCACUCUCCUCGAAGGCCUUGCUGAUCUUGAAGCUGCAGUUUGCCUUUGCACUGCUCUUAAAGCCAAUAUUCUCGGCAACAACCUUAACAUACCCAUUUCACUAAGCCUCCUUCUCAAUGUCUGCUCCAAGGAAGUCCCAUCUGAUUUCCAAUGUGCCUAAGCAUAUAUAUACACACACAUAUAUAUAUGCAUAUUGUGUUUAGUUACUUACUUUCUCUCAGUUUCACUUCCAGUGUUCUGUGUCACUCUUGUCAAUUAUACCUCCCGCUUGUUUGUUUCUUGGGGCUGAUUAUAUUUUAUUCGUCAUGAAUAACUCUACUUUGUAAUGUUUACCGUUGUAUUCCGCAAAAUGAAAUUAUGUAAUUUGCUUACUUUC